CUUUUUCUAUUUCUAGUGUGUCAUAGAAGCAGAAAUAACACUGAACGCGAGGGCGUCCAAAUCGCUCUUCACGAGCGCAGGAGGAAGCUGUGCAGUGAGCUCCACAACACUCCCUUCAGAGAGCUUCCUCCUGCGGGAGAUGAUGAGAGUAUGGCCCGCAGGAAAGAUGAUGAUGCUGCUGCUGCUGCAGGCGGACGGGACCUGAUUGAUGAUGCUGAUGAUGCGCAUCCCAUCAUGGACAGUGAAGAUGAGACAUAUCUUUCUCUCGAAGAGAUUUUAAAUCUAUACAAUCAGCCCAUCAAUGAGGAGCAGGCCUGGGCUGUUUGCUAUCAGUGCUGUCGCUCUUUAUCACAGGGGAAGGAUGAUACCGAAGCAUCUGCUGGUGCCGGAGAUGUGAAAUGUGGAGAUGUGAGGAUUUAUAAAGACGGAGCCGUGCGUUUGCAUUACACAUCAGGUACACAGAAUCCCACCCGUUCAUCCACACAGCAGGUGAUCGAGUCUCUGGGGAUUGUGAUCUAUAAAGCUCUGGAUUAUGGACUGCAUGAAAGUGAAGAGCGAGAACUGAGCCCACCGCUCGAGCGCCUCAUCGAUCUCAUGACAAAUGUGGCCGACACAGAGAGCGACUCCUGCACCGAUGAAGGAUAUGAAGCCGCUGAGGAAGAGGAAGAUGGCCGCAAACAAAAUCCAGCCCAUUCAUACCGUAUCAGGGGAUACAGUGACAUCAUUACGCUGUGUAGUCUUCAUCUGCCCAGUCCUUCAGAUGCGCUCGGUCAUUAUCAGGCCGUGUGUCGGGCGCUCUACGCCGAAACCAGAGAGCUUCACACCUUCCUGAAGAAGAUCAAGAGUGUCAAAGAGAACCUGCGUAAGAUAGAGGGAGACACGGUCGACGAUCAAGGCAGAGAGUUAAACGAGCUGCAGAAUGCUGAUUGGGCUUGGCUGUGGGUUCAAGUGAUGAGAGAUCUGAGAACAGGUGUAAAGCUGAAGAAGGUACAGGAGCGUCAGUAUAACCUGCUACCCAUUGAGUUUCAGCUCACACCGUAUGAGAUGCUAAUGGAUGACAUCCGCUCCAAACGCUACAAACUACGCAAAGUCAUGGUGAAUGGAGACAUUCCCCCCAAGUUAAAGAAAAGUGCUCAUGAGGUUAUACUUGAGUUUAUCAGGUCCAGACCUCCUCUCAACCCUGUGGCAGCACGAAAGCUGAAACCACAGGCCGAACGUCCACCCAGCCUGCAUGAACGUAUACUAGAAGAGAUCAAGACGGAGCGCAAACUCAGACCCGUUUCACCUGAUCAGAUCCGCAGGAGUCGACUCGCAAUUCGGCCUCUUAGUAUGUCUCAGAGUUUUGAUUCAUCAGAUGUGUCCUCUGCUGAUGGCUCUAUUAAAGCCUCCAGCUCUCUGUCAUUGGCCAAUGGUGUAUCGUCGCUUCAACCCAACACCUCCAGUGGGUUUCAGAGGAGACGACUUCAAGCCCCGACCCUCUCCGAGCUGGAAAUUUCAGAUUCAGAUGAUGAGACCACAGAUCAAAAGUCGGUCAGCUGUUCCAGUAUCUCUACAUCUAUGAUGGAUGACACAUCUCCAGAAUCUGUGCUCGGGAAGAAAACUCCGCCCAUGUUCCUGCCCAUCUCAUCCACACCGCAGCCCGAGAGACGACAGACGGCUCAGCGGCGACAUUCGAUCGAGAAAGAAACGCCGACCUGUGUCCGACAGUUUCUGCCUCCAUCCAGACAGAGCUCGAAAUCCUUAGAGGAGUUUUGUUUUCCUGUGGAGUGUUUGGCUUUGACCGUACAGGAGGUGAUGCACAUUCGCCAGGUUUUGGUCAAAGCUGAGCUGGAGAAGUUUCAGCAGUAUAAAGACGUAUAUAACGCACUGAAGAAGGGGAAGCUCUGUUUCUGCUGCCGGAUAAAAAGAUUUUCUUUCUUCACCUGGUCGUACACCUGUCAGUUCUGUAAAAGGCCCGUGUGUUCACAAUGCUGUAAGAAAAUGCGGCUGCCAUCAAAGCCUUAUGCAAGUCUACCUAUUUACUCACUGGGUCCAUCCACACUGAAACGAGACGCUGCUGUUCCCACGUCAGAUAAACCCAGCACGAGUCAACAUCGGCCCAGCCUUCAGAGAGCUGUGUCCAGAUUAUCCAAGCCUACGAGACAGUCGUCCUCUUCCCAAGAUGAACCGGAGCUUCCCAAAGAGCUGAUGGAGGACUGGACUACCAUGGAGGUUUGUGUUGACUGUAAGAAGUUCAUCUCUGAUAUCAUCGCCUCCGGUAAGCAAAGUCUCUCUCUGGCCAACAAACGGGCGCGCUUGAAGCGUAAGACUCAGUCUUUCAUUAUGGGAUCUGAGAAGAGUUCAGACUACAGACCGUCAGAGAGGACCAUCAAUGAAGUAUAAAACACUGGAGACCACACAAUCUUCUAAUGUAAUGUUAUAUAGAUUAUUAACACUAACAUGAGACAGACUGAUGAACUCUUAUGGACAGAUGCAAAUAUACACGUGGACCGUUUGCUAUUGUUGUGAUGUAAUGAUAUUCAGAUCGUUCGUCUCUCUAUGUACUGAUGUCACACAGGUGGACUCAAAUCUCGAUAAAAUUCAGAUCUAUUUUACUUCUGCAGGAUGAUAUAUCAAUUCAUUUAUGAUAUAUUUACAAUGCGUUCUCUGGGAAUAUAAAAUAAAUGUUGUGUUUAUUGUCAUUUAAAACACGGAAGAAUGGAGUCAAAUGGUUAAAAACGAGAUGACUUCAUAAUGUCAGACGAAAAGUUGUUUAAGGGGGCGUGCACACCAAAGCGUUUAAACGGCAGGCGGUGCGCUUUGAUUGCGAUGAUACUCUUGUUGUGAUACUCUUGUUUGUCCCGCCCCUCCUCCAAUGUGAUUGGAUGGCUGAGUGAGAAGUGACAUCGGCGAGCUGAGCAUUUCACCUAAAGGUGAACAUUAUUCAAAUCAAAACACACCAGACAUUGGCUUUUUUGAAAAGUGCGGUAGCCAGCGUAAACGCUUUGGUGUGCACGCUACCUUAGAGGUGAAGUACAAUAUAUUACAUGACAUACACCAGGAAUAUAAAUAUAACAUCAGGAAAUAAAAACCAAGUCAGUUUUGUGUUUGUUUCCUCAGACAUUCUGUGUGUCUGACUUUGUUUGUUCAUUUGUCUUCAUGACUUUAAACUGAAAAGCACAAAUCCAUCAGACAUGAAAGUGGGAUAAAAUAUCAUUUUCUAUUCAUAUUGUGAUGUUAAAGUGUAAAUAUUUGUACAGCUUAUGUUGUUUAUUUCAGGUUUGACUGUAAAUGAUGAAUGUCAUUUGAUGUGAGUUGUACAGUUUCAGCCCAGUUUAUUCUAAUUCCUGGCCCAAGUUUGUAAUUAUUAUGCAUUUUCAUUUAAUUUUUUUUGGUGAUAAAAUGUUUUUAUUUUUUAGAUAAUAUUCUUUUGAAAUAAGAACUGGGAUGUACAGCUACUAUUAACAUCCGUUAAAGAUGUAUAGAGCGUUUAGACAAUGAAAUUGAGACAUUUGGUCAUUUAAUAUCAUAUUAUUAUUAUUAUUAUUCUUAAAGGGAUAGUUCACCCAAAAAUGAAAAUUCUCUCAUCAUUUACUCCCCCUCAUGUAGUUACAAACCUGUAUAAAUGACUUUGAUUUGAUGAACAUGAAUGAAGAUAUGUUGAGGAAUGUUUGUAACCAAAUCAUUCAUGAGCCCCAUCUAUUUCCAUAUUCUUUCUUCUUACUAUGUAAGUAAAUUGGGCUCAUGAAUGGUUUGGUUACAAUCAUUCCUCAAAAUAUCUUCUUUUAUGUUAAUCAGAAUAAAGAAAUGUUUGUAACAACAUGAGAGUGAAAAAAUGAUGAAAGAAAUUUUCAUUUUUGGGUGAAUUAUCCCUUUAAAUAAUCAUGUGAAGAUGUGUUGGGUUUGUCACACAUCCUGUAUGUUUGAAACUCCUUCACAUGCUCCAGACAUUACUGUAUAUUUCUUUUUGACAGACAUAUGUGUAAAAGAGCAGCUUUUAUGUGUUAUGUAAUCUUUUUGCUUAUUUGGGUUUGUAUAAUUGUUUAUGCUUCUCAGCAACAUCUCAUUUUUUACAUUUUCCUGUUUCAUCAGUAUUUUAAAUUGUUUGUGUUAUUAUUUUUUUCCAUGUCAGAGAGUUCCUAUGGAAAUAUCUGGAAAUUUUAAAGGUGCCGUAGAAUGUAAAACUGUAUUUACUGUAGACAUAGAUGAAUAAUAAGAGUUGUGUAGAUGGUAAUGAUAUAUCAUGAGCCUCUUGUUUCCUCCUUUUUAUGUAAACCUUGUGCAUGCAAAAGACCGCUGGAAAACAGACCAAUCACAACAUAACACCAACUGUGACGUUACAGUCGAAAUUUACACCCCACAUUAAAUUAAGUACAAUGUUGUUACAAUGCUAAAAACAAAGUUGUGAAUGCUGAGUUAGCGCUAUAUGCUAGUUAAUGCUAUAUGCUAGUUAAUGCUUUAUGCUAGUUAAUGCUAUAUGCUAGUGUUUAGGCUGUAGUUCUACUAUUGACGUCACAGUUACAUUUUGCAGGUUCAUACUGAAAAAAACACAAACUUACCACUCAGAAACGUCCAUUAACAAUCUCCAAACAAUUGAUUAUUCCUCAAAAUCUGAUACAGCCUCAAACAUAAGAUCUGUUUACACACACACAGAGCUACUGAAGGAGAAACAGCCAAUCAGAGCAGAGCUCAACAUUAUUAUUCAUCACCCUUCCAAAUAUGGUAAUAAUAGACCAUUUCAUUCAAAAGGCAAAUCCUAGGGUUGUAAAUAGACAUGGAAAACUGGAUCAUAUUUGCUCUUAAUAAAGCCACAAAACUUCUGUGUAGAUAUCAGACAACAAUUUAACAGAUUUUUAACAAUGCAUUCUUUGGCACCUUUAAAAUCCCCUGAAGUGAUAGACACGUUUAUAUCCCUGCCCUUAAAUAUUUAAUUGACUACAUUAAGCUCUUCUUGUCAUAUUGGACACAUUUCACUAGAAAGAAUAAUUGUUUUAAUUCCACUAAUAUUUGAUUCACAAAUCCACACAAUCAUUUUUAUGAAGUGAUUUAAUCUCUAAACAUGUCAUGAAAAUCCCGAUGGAAUACAUUGUUUUUAAUCAUUUUGUUGUUUUUUUUUGCAGAGGAUUUGUGCUCGUUGAGCGUUAAGUCUUCUGAAGAUGCUUUAACAGCUAAUAAUUGAGUAACAGAUAUGUGAUGUGAGUUAUGGAGUUGUUGUAAGGAUGCUGUUUUAUUCAUUUCCAGUCUGGAAACAAGCUUUGGUUUCUUCAUUAUCAGUGAAUUGUUUUUUAAAUCAAUCUUUCAGACAGAGCCCUUUUAAACAUCAGUUAAGGAUAUAUUUGCAAUAAAAUAAAUCAGCAUGUGUAUUAUAACAUCCGCUCAAAUGCAGAGUUUUGAGCAGAAAUGCCUGAUGUGUCAUGAGAUUCACUUGUAAAUAAAUGCAUACAGCUGCAGGUGUGCAUGCUUGUGAACUCAAUCUAUGGGUUGUACUUUUAUCGAUGGCUGUGAUUUAUUUUGUGAUCUCAGCCAAAGAUGAUGAAUAAAAUAAAACCAAAUGCUGUAAUUGUUGUGCUGUGAAU